GCCGAGAGAAGGGGCGCGGAGCCCGGCGAGCCUCCGUCCGAAACCCGGGGCUCGUUUUCGUUCGUUUUGGACCCGUCUUUUGGACUGACAUAUCGUUUUCCCCUAUCGAGUACCUUAAACGUGCUCUCACACGCGAAAGGACACUUAAAGACUGUCAGUCAAAAGACUUUGGUGAAGGAUUUCCCCCCUCGGUGUGUCGAAGAAGAAGAAGGGGUUUGGGUUUAGCAGCAGGUCCCUUGUGGCUCAGUCUGAAGAGCAGGGGAGCAGAAAGACGACACACGGCCCCUUGGGCCUUGUGGCAGACAUCCCAAACAUCCAGCAGCAUGGAAUGCUUCAGCAGGGCAGUGAAGGGCUCCUGCUGACUUCUCACUGGCUGUGUUCCUAAGCCCACUCCAGAGCUGUGUGGGUUUAGUAGGUUUGUCACAAGAACAAAGAAAUGCCAGCUGGGUUGCCCUGUGAUGGCAUUUCUAAUGCCCAGUGCUUUUUUGAGUAAAACAUUCUGACUGAACGAAGAGGAAGUGUCCGUACCCCCCUUGGAGUUUUCUACACUCUUCAUACAUGGCACAGCAGUCCGUAAGACAUUUUCAGUAGUUAUCAACAAUCACACAAGAGGAGCCUACUAUUGAACAUGACUCAUGGGGAGGAGCCUGGCCCUGAGACACACCAGGAUUCAGCUGUUUUAACUUAUCUGGAAGGUUUACUAAUGCAUCCGGUUGCAUCUGGGCCUGGUGCCACGGCAACAAGGAGAUCAGAGGCUGGCAACAACGAUGGGGAGCCAGGAAACCAGGGGACCAGGGGCAUUCAGCUACCCAAUCACAGCUCAGGCCCGCCAGAGAAAGGCAGCCCUCCUGGAGCGGCCUCUCAGCACCUUAAAAAGGCCAGACUGCUGCGUUCAGGGGCCUGGAGUGAGACAGACAACCGGACGAAAGAUGCCCCCAGGAUGGAGGUGAAUGGGCAGGUCAAUGAACACCAUAAAGCAGCCCUGGAUAGUUCUGCACAGGGAGAGAGCACACUGCUGGCCUCUCUACUCCAGUCCUUCAGCUCACGCCUACAAACAGUGGCCAUGUCACAGUGCAUCACCCAGAGUCACCAACAGCUUGAUGGAGAGAGCAGCGAGAGUACUCCGAUUGACAAGGACACCUUCCAGGGCUACUGUACAGCCUCCAGUCGUCUCAAAGGCCUGAUAAGGAAAAACAAGCAACAGAGCCACAACAACGUGCCUUAUAGUCGCCGCAACAGCCAAGAUCGGCGCUCUGAGUCCCCUCGUAACUCACAGAGCUCUGCAUCUGACUCCAUGUCCUGCGCAGAGCGAUUGAAGGCUGUGGCCACACUAGUGAAGAGCAGGUCCAGUCCUGCGCCUUCCCCUAAGCCCAGCGUGGCCUGCAGUCAGCUAGCCCUGCUGCUGUCUAGUGAAGCCCAUUUGCAGCAGUAUUCCCGAGAGCAGGCCUUAAAAGCACAAUUAUCUGGCCGAUCAGCCAGCGAAAGGCUGGCAGCCAUGGCUACGCAGCAAACGAUGGAAAAGGGACCCCCCAGCAUGGGAGAGUCACUGAUUGCCCCAGACAUGCUAAGCUCCUUACACACCCUAAAUGGAACACUCCCCUCACCAACAUUGAAUUCCAGCAGGAGGAGUCCGUCACUAACCCCAGGCCGAAGCAUAUCAGCUGGCUCCCCUAGACCGUCUCCACAGCCCCUUAAAGAGAAACGCCCCUUUGACAGGCACAGCAGCCGGCCACCGCAGAACUGCAGUAGUUUGCUCCUGCUCCUCCUCAACAACCACAACUCCCAGAAGCAUCUUACCAAGAACGGUCACCUAGACGAUGACUGCACUGCCCCUGUCAGCCAAGCCUCCUCUCAUCAGUCAGACAGCGAGUACUCCAACCAGGAGAACAGCCUGACCAAAGACAGCAGUGACGCAGAGAGCUGCUACUCCAGCUGCUCCCCUAUUGACCUCUCCAUGAGGAGCCGAAUUUGCAGCCAAAAGUCAGAGCCCCCCUCCUCAGCCUCAUCUUUGGACAAGCUCACAGAGACACUUAUAAACAAGUGGAAGCCGGAGACUCCCGGGCCAAAGGUCCCUGAGGCCAGGGAGCUGGAAACAAGCCCAGACAUGAAAUCCCAUCAUAAGGUCACUCUCAUGCAGUUACUGUUGGACCGGAAAAAUAACGAGAAGGUAAACAAAAUUGCAGAUAAUCCAGAUUUGCAGCAUGACGCAACCCUUAGCAACAUGGCGGGAGGCCCUCUUAAACGUCUUGGCACAUUGGAGGAGAUCAGGAACCAGAAUGCUCUUGAGCGGCUGACAGGUAGGGGUCUGUCCACAUUCUCUCAUAGUAGGGAGACAAGCAACACUCCUUCUCCUUUCUCUUACUCUUCUUCCCUUGUUCAGUCCAGUCCACUGGACCUGUGUAAGUCUAAACCUCACACCAAUGAAAAAAUGCUGGAGCCUGCAUUCAGUGCCAGUAAGCUAUUACAAAAUCUGGCUCAUAGCGGUUUACAGAACCCAUCCCCUUCACCCCCUUCCCCCCAAGUCCACAGGCCCCCAAGCAAAAGGCAAAGCCCAGAAUGUGAACCAGACAGGCCUCAGUCUCUUCUUGACAGGCUAGUUCCUCCAAUCAAAAGGAACAAAACUCCUUUGUUUGAACCACCCCCUGCCAGUUUCACACUUUUUGGACGAGAGCGGUCACCUCCAGCAUCCACACAAAUUGAGAAUCUCCUGGAGAGGCGCACUGUACUGCAGCUACUGCUAGGCACUGCCUCCCACAAGGAGAAAUCCAGUGGGAGGAGAAGCACAGAGGCAGCCAUGGGAGCUUUUGAAAAGCCUCCUGGGGCCUCUGUCAUCUGUGACAGCUCAAACGGACCUUCAUUGAAUAUUAAGAUCAAAACAGAGCCAGGAGAGGAGAGUCUUCUCUCAGACAGCUCUGAUGAUGGAGGAUGCCGGUGGAGAUCGGGACAUGAGAGAUACAGUCCCCUUGCUGAAGCACACGACAAUGUCAAAGCGGAGGAGUGUCCCACGGAAGCAGCUGCUAAAUACGGCCUUCUCAGCCAGCUGUUGAAGCAGCAGACCACUACCUAUCACUCAAGUCCACGUACAGAGCCGCUUGUGAGCACAGUGAAGGAGGAGCAAAAGGAUUAUCAGGAGCCGCUUCCUAAAAAGAGAAAACUUUGCUUAGAGCUGGCUGAACACCUCAGCAAUGAACUCUGCACGAGACCGCUGGAUACUGUGAGUGAGCGCCUGGUGUCUGGAACACCUGAGGAACACAAAAGCAGAAGGUUACUGAGCCCAAAAGAAGAGGACCCUUUCAUCAAGAGUCCUGCGGGUAAAACUCCCACGAGAGACAGCCAAGGCUUCAAUGUUUUGAAGCAGCUCCUUUUGUCAGACAACUGUCUGAAAGAGCUAUCUCAGCCUCGGGGGACCCCCAGCCCUUUUCUCCCUCAGGCAAACUGCAAAGCCAAUGGGAACUUUUCUCAGUCCACUUACAAUCCUGAACUCAUGAACUUGCCAUGGUUCCCCCAGACUCUUAACUCAGGCACUGGUAAUCUCAAGCCACUUUCAUCCCCACCGGGAAACAGCACCCAAGGAUCACCCUGGGCUAAGGGCUCCCCCAAACCCAGUCCCACACCUGUGAAAAAAGAGUCAAAAAGCUCACCAAGGUGGGCGCUUGGUGGGGAGGAAUAUAGCCCUGAUUCUCCACCUCUAACGAGAUCAAAUCCUAUAUUGUACUCUAUGCUUCAAAGAGGGAAUGGUCAGCUCAGAAAAGAGAUGCAGGACUGCGUGCAAAGGACACACUGUGGGGUUAGAGUUAAAGAAGAGCCAUGUACCGAAAGCAGGUACCUUGAGCACAGACUGAGUGCCAUGCAGCACUCUCUAGUCCACAACGAGCGACAGAGUGGUGGUAUUGAGCACCUCAAUGGCUCGUUACACAAAUCGUAAACCUGAACUGCCAAAGACUGAGAUUUGUUUAAGUAAUGAGUGUGAGCUACUUUAUUAGUAUGGUUAGUGUUUUUUUUCCGUUUUUUUUUUAUUUCUUUUUUUUAAUGAUAAGCAUAUAAUGCACGUUAAUCCAAAAUCUGAUAUCAAAUCUGUUAACAUCACCUACAUUUUCCUCAUACUUCUGAGAAUUGUUUUGCCACCCAAGUGGAGACAUGUUGAGCAUUACAUUGUUGUUGGAAGAAAAUCUUGAAUCUCAAAAUUAGUGACUUUACAGGAGAAGGGAAAAACCAACUUUACUUUUAAUGCAAGUCAGUGGAACCAGAUGUUUUUCCAAGUCAUUUUGGGCUGUUUCUUU